AUGGAGAGAAGUCACUCAGGUGAGAAGCCGUUUUCCUGUUCUGAGUGUGGGAAAUGUUUUGCAUUCAAAUCACAUUUUGUUAUUCAUCAGCAUACUCACACAGGUGAGAAGCCAUUUCCAUGUUCUGAGUGUGGGAAAUGUUUUGCACGGAAAUCAGAUCUUGUUAAACAUCAGAGAAGUCACACAGGUGAGAAGCCGUAUUCCUGUUCUGAGUGUGGGAAAUGUUUUACACAGAAAUCAGCUCUUGUUACACAUCAGAGUAGUCACACAGGUGAGAAGCCAUUUUCCUGUUCUGAGUGUAGGAAAUGUUUUCCACGGAAAUCAGCUCUUGUUGCACAUCAGAGAAGUCACUCAGGUGAGAAGCCGUUUUCCUGUUCUGAGUGUGGGAAAUGUUUCGCAUUUAAAUCAGAUCUUGUUACACAUCAGAGAAGUCACACAGGUGAGAAGUCGUUUUCCUGUUCUGAGUGUGGGAAAUGUUUUACACAGAAAUCAGCUCUUGUUACACAUCAGAGUAGUCACACAGGUGAGAAGCCAUUUUCCUGUUCUGAGUGUAGGAAAUGUUUUCCACGGAAAUCAGCUCUUGUUGCACAUCAGAGAAGUCACUCAGGUGAGAAGCCGUUUUCCUGUUCUGAGUGUGGGAAAUGUUUCGCAUUUAAAUCAGUUCUUGUUACACAUCAGAGAAGUCACUCAGGUGAGAAGCCGUUUUCCUGUUCUGAGUGUGGGAAAUGUUUUGCAUUUAAAUCAGUUCUUGUUAGACAUCAGAGAAGUCACACAGGUGAGAAGCCGUAUUCCUGUUCUGAGUGUGGGAAAUGUUUUACACAGAAAUCAGCUCUUGUUACACAUCAGAGUAGUCACACAGGUGAGAAGCCAUUUUCCUGUUCUGAGUGUAGGAAAUGUUUUCCACGGAAAUCAGCUCUUGUUGCACAUCAGAGAAGUCACUCAGGUGAGAAGCCGUUUUCCUGUUCUGAGUGUGGGAAAUGUUUUGCAUUUAAAUCAGAUCUUGUUACACAUCAGAGAAGUCACACAGGUGAGAAGCCGUUUUCCUGUUCUGAGUGUGGGAAAUGUUUUACACAGAAAUCAGCUCUUGUUACACAUCAGAGUAGUCACACAGGUGAGAAGCCAUUUUCCUGUCCUGAGUGUAGGAAAUGUUUUCCACGGAAAUCAGCUCUUGUUGCACAUCAGAGAAAUCACUCAGGUGAGAAGCCGUUUUCCUGUUCUGAGUGUGGGAAAUGUUUCGCAUUUAAAUCAGUUCUUGUUACACAUCAGAGAAGUCACUCAGGUGAGAAGCCGUUUUCCUGUUCUGAGUGUGGGAAAUGUUUCGCAUUUAAAUCAGUUCUUGUUAGACAUCAGAGAAGUCACACAGGUGAGAAGCCGUAUUCCUGUUCUGAGUGUGGGAAAUGUUUUGCAUUCAAAUCACAUUUUGAUAUUCAUCAGCAUACUCACACAGAUGAGAAGCCGUAUUCCUGUUCUGAGUGUAGGAAAUGUUUUGCACGGAAAUCAGAUCUUGUUACACAUCAGAGAAGUCACACAGGUGAGAAGCCGUUUUCCUGUUCUGAGUGUGGGAAAUGUUUUGCAUUCAAAUCACAUUUUGUUAUUCAUCAGCAUACUCACACAGGUGAGAAGCCAUUUCCAUGUUCUGAGUGUGGGAAAUGUUUUGCACGGAAAUCAGAUCUUGUUAAACAUCAUAGAAGUCACACAGGUGAGAAGCCGUAUUCCUGUUCUGAGUGUGGGAAA